AUGGAGGAGAACGAGCAGCACCCGGGCGACGGAGGCGCCGAGCCGCCACCUCCGCAGCCGCCGGAGGAGGCCAGCAGCGGCAGCGACGGAGAGGCUAGCCGGAGGAGGGCCCUGCUCGCGCCCCGCGUGCUCCAAGUGCCGGGCAACCACCCGCACGCGCCGCACCGCAUCACCAACUUCUUCAUCGACAACAUCCUCCGCCCGGAGUUCGGCCGCAGGAAGGAGGGCGGCGGCGGCGGCGGCGGUAGUAGUCGCGACAACAGCCCGGAGCGGCGGCGGCGGCGACAGCCGCCGCAGCCACCGCAACAACAGCAGCCGCCACCGCAUCUGCUGGACGCCAGGAGUCCCUCGGCUGCUCCGGCCGCGGGUUCCCUGGCCGAAGGAGGCGACGGCGGCAGCGGCGGCCCCCAGACUGGGGUCCCCGCCAAAAAGGGGAGCGACUGCGGGGAGCUGGUCGGAGCCUUGAAGUCCGGUGGCGGCGGCGGGGGCGGCGGGGACCUGUCGCUCAGCUCGGAUUCGGACAGCUCGCAGGCCAGUUCAUUUCCCGGUGGACAGCCCAUGCUGUGGCCGGCCUGGGUCUAUUGCACCCGCUACUCGGACAGGCCUUCCUCAGGCCCCCGAUCGCGGAAACCAAAGAAGAAGAACCCGAACAAGGAGGAUAAGCGGCCGCGGACGGCCUUCACCGCGGAGCAGCUGCAGAGACUCAAGGCGGAGUUUCAGACCAACAGGUACUUGACGGAGCAGCGGCGCCAGAGCCUGGCUCAGGAGCUGAGCCUCAACGAGUCCCAGAUCAAAAUCUGGUUCCAGAACAAACGAGCCAAAAUCAAGAAAGCCACCGGCAGCAAAAACUCCCUGGCGGUGCACCUCAUGGCACAAGGAUUGUACAACCACUCCACCGCCUCAAAAGACGGCAAGUCCGACAGCGAGUAGAGAGCGGAGGGAA